UCUCUCUCUCAUUUCCCACAUCCGUCCGUGUUGAUGAUUCAAUAUUCUCUCACUUCAUCGGCUUGUGUAAUAACAACCUUCUUCUUCUCGCCUACUCCAACUCCUAACAAAGCCUACUAUUUCCUCAACAGCAACAGACUUAAAUUAGUACUGCUACUACUAUAAUUAGCAGCUAAGGUCUGAAGAGGCAGAUAUAAUUUCUACUACUAAAAAAAAAAAAGAUCUUUUCUUUCCUUGUUAUCUUAUGAGUCCAUAAAAUAAAAGGAAGAAAUAGCUUUUGAUGGUCAGCUCUUGACUUGUAAGUCGGAUAAGGUACGAAUGCUAUGGAGGAACCAAAUAAGAAGGUGGAGCAGACUUUGAUCAAUGGAUUCUCUCCUGUUUCUUCUGCUCCUGUUUUCUGGAAAUCCAGGAGAAGGGCAGUCAGCGUGAAGUAUUUAGACAAACCAACAGAAAAUGAUGCUGAUAAACCUCCAGAAACACAGGAAAAUCCCACCGCUGAGGCAAUGCAGGAGGAUUCAACCCCUGUUGUUCUAUCAGAGAAGAGGAAGGCACUCUUUGAACCACUGGAACCCAUGACAAAUAUAAAUGGUCGUAGACCAUCCGCUGAAAUGUUACUUCCCCCACCGGACUUUGAUGCAGCAACUUAUCCCAAAGGCUGGCUGAUUGGCAAGAAGAGGAAGCUUGUGAAUGUUGAUGUUGUGGAAAGCAUGCGCAGGAUUGCCGUCCAGGAAAUGAAUAGAAAGGAUAGGGAGAUUGAUGGUCUGAAUGAGCAGUUAGAAGGGGAUGCUCGGUGCCUUGAGCAUUUGCAACUCCAGCUGCUGGAGGAACGGAGCAAGCGAUCUGAAGUUGAGCGUCAAAAUGCAAUGCUGCAAAACCAAAUUACAAUGCUCAUGGACAUGUUACAGGAGAAUGACGACGUAGAUGAUGAUGAAGGUGGAGAGGAGCCUUGAUUUUUUCGUUCUUUCUUCAAUAGUAGGAACUAGUCAUAUGGACUUUUCUUCUGGGGAGUAUUAUUUUAUUUUGCAUAUACGGUUGGCACAAUAUUUAUUUUGUAAUUUUGAGACUUAUGCGGUCAUGUGUGUGUAUAAUUAGUUCACAUAUAUUUCACAA